AAAAAGACAUAGGGCCUGAUUACAUUCCAACAGAGGAAGAAAGGAGAGUCUUCGCAGAAUGCAAUGAUGAAAGCUUCUGGUUCAGAUUGCUUCAUGUUGCAAUCCUUGAGUCAAGCUGGAGAAAAAUGAUUGCAAAUUGUACUGGUGCUGUAAUUAAAAGGGAUUUGUCCUUUGCAAAACCUUAAAUGAUAAUACAUGAAGGCAUUCUAACCAGCCAACAUUAAAGAAACCAUAUUUCCAGCAAAGGUAAAAUCUGUUAGUAAGUAGGAUAGCAUGAAUUCAGACCUUAGCAUUUGUGCAGUUUGUGUCUGAUGGCAAAGUUAAUGCCCUAUUCCAAAGUGAUGGAUUUUAAUCAUGAAAUCUCUAAUAAUUCAAAUGUCUUAAUUACUUUGGUUCUUGAAUUGUCCAUAUAUGGUUUAGACCAGAGUUGAACAAACUAGCCCAUGGACCAAAUCUGUUUUUGUAUGCAUGAGCUAAUAAUUGUUUUUACAUUUUUAAAUAGUUAAGAGGCUGGGUGCAGUGGCUCAUGCCUGUAAUCCCAGCACUUUGGGAGACCGAGGUGGGCUGAUUACUUGAACCCAGGAGAUCGAGACCAGCCUGGGCAACAUGGCGAAACCUCAUCUCUACAAAAAAAAACAAACAAGAAAAAAGACAAAAAAUUAGCCGGGCGUGGCGGUGCAUGCCUGUAGUCCCAGCAACCUGGGAGGCUGAAGCAGGAGGAUCAUCUGAGCUGGCAGGUUGAGGCUGCAGUGAGAUGAGAUUGUACCACUGCAUUCCAGCCCUGGUGAUAGAGUGAGACCCUGUCUAAAAAAAUAAAAUAAGAUAAAAUGGUUAAGAAAUCAAAGGAAAAGAAUAUUUCAUUACGUGUGAAAUUACAUGAAAUUCAUAUUUUUGCAUCUAAAAAUAAAGUUUUGUUGGAACACAGCUAUGUUCAUGUGUUUUUGGAUUGUCUUUCGGUGCUUUUGCUUUAAAACGGCAAUUAAGUAACUGGGACAGAGAUUGGCCCACAAAACCCAAAAUAUUUACCAUCUGGCUCUUCAUAGAACGUGUUUGCCAACCUCAGGUCUGGAACAGCACUGUCCAGUGUGGCAGCCAGUAGCCACAUGUAGCGAUUUAACUUUAAAAUAACUUGCAGUGAAAGGAUAUAAAGCAAAAUCAUAAAAGGAAAGGGAGCAUGGGGUGAAGUCCAGUGGAAACCAGGUCCCAAGAGUUCUCUUCCCAGGGAGUGUAAAUUUCUCCAACAGCUAGUCUAACAAUGUAUGAAGUUUUAUCUUACCAGGGGAACUCAUUGGAGACUCAGUGCCCACAGGCUGGUCACUUAUUCACUCUCUGCCUAACAGCUGUGCCUUUGGCUGCAACAAGUAUGUUGAUUACUCAAGGAUUAAUUAGUAAAGGAAUACUUUCAAGUCAUCCCAAAUAUGGUUCCAUCCCUAAACUUAUAUUUGCUUGUAUCAUGGGAUACUUUGCUGGAAAACUUUCUUAUGUGAAAACUUGCCAAGAGAAAUUCAAGAAACUUGAAAAUUCCCCCCUUGGAGAAGCUUUACGAUCAGGACAAGCACGACGAUCUUCACCACCUGGGCAUUAUUAUCAGAAGUCAAAAUAUGACUCAAAUGUGAGUGGUCAAUCAUCUUUUGUGACAUCCCCAGCAGCAGACAACAUAGAAAUGCUUCCUCAUUAUGAGCCAAUUCCAUUCAGUUCUUCUAUGAAUGAAUCUGCUCCCACUGGUAUUACUGAUCAUAUUGUCCAAGGACCUGAUCCCAACCUUGAAGAAAGUCCUAAAAGAAAAAAUAUUACAUAUGAGGAAUUAAGGAAUAAGAACAGAGAGUCAUAUGAAGUAUCUUUAACACAAAAGACUGACCCCUCAGUCAGGCCUAUGCAUGAAAGAGUGCCAAAAAAAGAAGUCAAAGUAAACAAAUAUGGAGAUACUUGGGAUGAGUGAAAAAUUACAUCAUUGGACGUGAAGGAGUUUCAACAUCCAGCUUCAUCUAGGUGGUCGUGAUUACCUGCAUGCUUUGAGCUCAGCAGCAGUCUUCAUAAACACAUUUAAAACAAGAUCCUGGGUUUUUGUGGUUUGACUUCUAUGGUGUUUUAAAAAAACACAGAUUUUUAGUGUUAAUAUUGUGUAAAUGUACUCACCUUGGGGAUUCAUUUGAAUGAUGGUAUUAUACUAUGAUUGUAUACAGUUUGUGAAAUUGUUGCAAGGGCAAAGAUACUCUUAAAAAACCGUCAAGAGAUUACAAUGCUCUGGAAUCAGCAUAUAUGAAAGUAAAUGAUAUCUGCAUGUUGAAUUGGGGUGGAUGGGGGGAGCAAGCAUAAUUUUUAAGUGUGAAGCUUUGCAUCAAGAAAUUAUUAAAAAGCUUUUUUUCUCCAGUAUUUUCUGUAUUAUCUUAAUGUUUAUGGCAAAUAAAAUGUAAAGGAACAUGCAA